AAGGAGGACGACUAAGGCAAAAGGGGUUUUUAGUGGUCGAAUGAGCUUUUGAAAAUUGGAAGUGUGGUGCAUUUUGUGCGUUAAUAUCAGAGGAUGGCGCACACACGGCGCAUUGUUCAGAGCUGUAGCUUCAUCUUUUUCUUUGUUCUGCUCGAUUGUGCACACGGGGACCUGAGCUAUUCUGUACAAGAGGAGCUGAAACGUGGAUCUAUCAUUGGAAAUAUCGCCAAGGAUCUCGGAUUGGAGGUGGGGAAACUGUCUGCUCGCAAGCCUCGUGUCGACAUGGAAAGAAAUGACAAACAGUAUUGCGGAAUAAACCUCCGGACAGGAGAUUUAAUGGUUGCUGACAGGAUCGACCGAGAGGAGCAUUGCGGUGAAAAACCUUCCUGUGUUCUAAGAUUCGAUCUGCUGCUGGAGAAUCCUUUAGAACUACACAAGCUGUCUCUGCAAGUGCAGGAUGUGAAUGACAAUGCGCCGAUUUUCCCUAAUGAUGUUGUGAGGCUGGAAAUUAGUGAGUCAGCUGACAAAGGAGCUAAAUACCGCCUUAAUGCAGCACAUGAUGCAGAUAUGGGCACAAAUUCUGUCCAAAGCUACAUUUUACAACAAAAUGCUAAUUUUGUGUUCCAUAUUCAGACAACCAAUUCUGGCAGUGAAUAUGGUGAGCUGAUUUUAGAUAAGGAAUUAGACAGAGAAGAACAGCAGGAUUUAAAAUUAUUCCUUACAGCAGUGGAUGGUGGUUCUCCUCCCAGAUCUGGUACAGUAGUCAUACAUAUCAUUGUACUUGAUGCUAAUGACAACGCCCCAGUUUUUACUCAGGCUGUUUAUACAUCAUCUGUCAAAGAAGACGCCGCACUUAAAACACCAGUUAUUACUGUGAGUGCAUCAGAUGCAGACGAGGGUGUAAAUGGCGAAAUAACAUACCAGUUCAGCAGAAUGUCUGAUAAGUCACGAAAUAUUUUUUCUCUAAAUGAUAAAACCGGAGAAAUAUUCGUUAUGGGCGAGAUUGAUUAUGAAGAGGGAUCGACGCAUGACGUGUUUGUUGAAGCUAAAGAUGGUUAUGGACUUUCAACUUUGACAAAAGUAGUAAUUGAUAUAAAUGAUGUAAAUGACAAUGCUCCUGUGAUCAAUUUGAAGUCACUGUCUAAUCCAGUACCAGAGAAUGUGUCACCUGGUACAGAGGUGGGCAUCAUUAAUGUUCAGGACAGAGACUCUGAGAAGAACGGACAGGUCCGCUGUUCCCUUCAACAAAAUAUCCCCUUUAAGUUAGUUCCUUCUAUUAAAAACUAUUAUUCUCUGGUGACUACUGGGCAACUGGACCGUGAACUAGUGUCUGAGUACAACAUUACAAUCAGUGCCACUGAUGAGGGCUCUCCUCCUCUGUCCUCCUCGAAAAGUCUACUUUUAUCUGUAGCAGACAUCAACGACAACCCACCUGUAUUUGAGGAACAGUCCUACAGCGCAUAUGUGAGUGAAAAUAACAAAGCUGGCUCAACUUUAUGUUCCGUUAGUGCUCGAGACCCCGACUGGAGACAGAACGGUACCGUGAUUUAUUCUCUGUUAGCUGCUGAGGUGAACGGUGCCCCAGUGUCUUCCUAUGUAUCUGUUAACGGAGACACAGGUGUGAUCCACGCUGUAAGAUCGUUUGAUUAUGAACAUUUGAGGAGUUUUAAAGUCCACGUCAUGGCCAGAGACAACGGUUCUCCUCCGCUGAGCAGCAACGUGAGCGUCAGUGUCUUCAUAUCGGAUGUGAAUGACAACUCUCCUCAGAUACUGUACCCCUCCCCAGAGGGUAAUUCCUUCAUGACAGAGCUGGUCCCCAAAGCUGCACACGGAGGCUCUGUGGUGUCCAAAGUGAUAGCGGUGGACGCAGACUCCGGACAGAACGCCUGGCUGUCCUAUCAUAUAGUCAAGUCCACUGAUCCGGGACUUUUCACCAUUGGUCUCCACAGUGGAGAGAUCAGGACCCAGCGGGACAUUUCUGAAUCUGACAGCAUGAAACAGAACCUGAUUGUGACAGUGAAAGAUAAUGGACAGCCCCCUCUCUCUGCCACCUGCUCCAUGUAUUUACUUAUUUCUGAUAACUUGGCUGAGGUGCCAGAACUGAAGGACAUUUCUUACGAGGAGAAGAAUUCCAAAUUGACAUCUUAUCUGAUCAUCGCGCUGGUGUCUGUGUCCACCUUCUUUCUGACCUUCAUCAUCAUCGUCCUGGGUGUGAGGUUUUGUCGCAGGAGAAAGCCCAGACUGUUGUUUGAUGGAGCAGUUGCCAUCCCCAGCACGUAUCUGCCUCCUAAUUACGCAGAUGUUGACGGAACCGGAACUUUACGCAGCACUUACAACUACGACGCCUACUUGACAACAGGUUCUAGAACCAGUGACUUUAAGUUUGUGUCUUCUUACAAUGACAACACGCUGCCUGCUGACCAGACUCUGAGGAAAAGUCCUUCCGACUUUGUUGAUGAUCUUCAUGAUUCUUUCGACCCUUUAGAGGUAGUGCACAUGGUGUCAGUAGAGACCAGCAGCAGAUUCACGCAGGCUUUGGUUGUGCUGUGCAACACUCAUUAUUGGACUUUAGUGUUCUUCAGAGCGUUAAAGGAGGAGGACUAA